GGCCCAAUCUCUGCUCACACAUCGUCCCCUCUCCCCAUCCCAAACCGCAGCUCUGUCUUCCCCAAACGACGCGGACCGUAUAAAACUCCGCCGCGACGCCGAGCACGCGCGCCGGCUCUAGAAGCUUCUAGAAGGCGCAGCUGCAGCGCUGGCUAAUGGCGUUCGCGACCUCCACGCUCCCAUUCGCGCCAUCCAACCCCUCGCCGUCCUCCCGCUCCGCCGCAGCGGCUUUCUCUCCCCGCGGCGGGGUCCACUUCGCCGCCGCUAGGAGCGGCCUCCCGCUCGCGUGCGCCGCGCCGAGGCACCGAGGGAGGCCUCCUCCGAGGAGGCGCCGCGGAGGGUGCCUGGUGGUGUGGGCGUCCGCCGACUACUACGCCACGCUCGGCGUGCCGCGCUCCGCGAGCAACAAGGACAUCAAGGCCGCCUACCGGAAGCUUGCGCGCCAGUACCAUCCUGAUGUCAAUAAGGAACCUGGAGCAACCGAUAAGUUCAAAGAGAUAAGUGCAGCAUAUGAGGUGCUAUCAGAUGAAAAGAAGAGGGCGCUGUAUGAUCAAUAUGGUGAAGCUGGGGUUAGGAGUGCGGUUGGAGGCUCAGCUGGAGCUUACACAAGUAAUCCUUUUGAUCUAUUUGAGACAUUCUUUGGAGCAAGCAUGGGUGGCUUUUCUGGUAUGGACCAGGGAACAUUUAGGACACGCAGGAGGAGCACUGCUGUUCAGGGGGAAGACAUCAGAUAUGAUGUGAAUCUGGGGUUCUCAGAGGCAAUAUUUGGAACAGAAAAGGAUAUUAUAUUAUCUCAUUUGGAGACAUGCGAUGCAUGUGCUGGUUCUGGAUCAAAGAUUGGGUCGAAAAUGAGAAUAUGCUCCACAUGUGGUGGUCGAGGGCAAGUAAUGAGAACUGAGCAGACACCAUUUGGUCUGUUCUCCCAGGUUUCAAUUUGCCCCACCUGUGCAGGAGAGGGUGAAGUCAUUUCAGAGUAUUGCAAGAAAUGUGCUGGAGAGGGGCGUGUUCGUGUUAGAAAGGAGAUCAAAGUAAAAAUUCCUCCAGGUGUUAGCAAAGGUAGUACUCUUCGUGUACGUGGUGAAGGUGAUGCGGGACCAAAAGGAGGACCUCCUGGAGAUCUUUUUGUUUGCCUUGAUAUAGAGGAGCCAGCAGAUAUUAAAAGGGAUGGUAUCAACUUGUAUUCAACUGUUUCAGUAAGCUACAUUGAAGCUAUUCUGGGCACUGUUAAAAAGGUCAGAACUGUUGAUGGAAAUAGUGAACUUAGAAUACCUCCAGGUACCCAACCUGGUGAUGUAGUGGUUCUAGCAAAGCAAGGUGUUCCAUCAUUGAAUAAACCAUCUGUUCGUGGUGAUCAUCUAUUCACUAUUAAGGUCACUAUACCCAAACGUAUAAGCGGACGAGAAAAGGAGCUACUUGAGGAACUGGCUUCUUUGAGCAAUGGUGGUUUUGCUGGUGCACCUGUGAAGCCAAAAUCCAUACGCCAAGAGAAUGAAACUACUGUUGCCCAAGAAAAUUCGGAUCAACCUGAUGAAGGGGAGGGUGACUGGUUGAAGAAACUUCAAGAUUUUGCAGGAUCCAUUGCUAAUGGUGCUGCCAAGUGGCUAAAAGACAACCUUUAGCCUGUAAAUAGUUACCGCGGAAUGCAUUUAUAUUAAUCGCUGUUAUGGUGUAGUCCAAUCUGCUAUUCUUCAAUUCAUUGGAUCCCACGAGCUGUUGCAUUUGUUUUGGAGAGGCUCAAAGUUCUCAGGCUGUGAAGUGGCAACGAAGAGGCUGAAUCUGUUAAUUAAUUCCAUCGGCAACGUUCUUAUUUUGGUAUGCUUGUAAAGUGGCAUGAUUUUUUAUGUAGUUGCAGUUAUCAUUCCCUAGAGCAUGUGAUGGUUUUACGUCACUUGCUGCUGAUACUGAAUUCAGUAAAGAUAAUGCACUGUAAAUAUAUAUUUCAUGCAGUAGAGCAUCUUGAAAUCUCAGGUAUGUACUCUGUGGGUAAGCAACCGUGAGGUGUGUCGUUCUGAACUAGAGAUAUUUAAAUCCAGAACAAGAGCACCCAUAUUCA